UGUCGAAGCUGGUCCUACCUUGACCCGGCCGCCAGGAGUGGGGCGGCGGAUGAGUGAACGCGAACGGCCGCAAGGUUGUGUUGCUGCUUGCGGCGGUAGGGAGCUGCUGGCGGGCCCGAGUCAGCCUAAGGGAGUAAACAUGAACGUUGGAGUUGCCCACAGCGAAGUGAAUCCAAAUACCCGCGUCAUGAACAGCCGGGGUAUGUGGCUGACAUAUGCAUUGGGAGUUGGCUUGCUUCAUAUUGUCUUACUUAGUAUUCCCUUCUUCAGUGUUCCUGUUGCUUGGACCUUAACAAAUGUUAUACAUAAUCUGGGGAUGUAUGUAUUUUUGCAUGCAGUAAAAGGAACACCUUUUGAAACCCCUGACCAAGGUAAAGCAAGGCUCCUAACUCAUUGGGAACAACUGGACUAUGGAGUGCAGUUUACAUCUUCACGGAAGUUUUUCACAAUUUCUCCAAUAAUUCUAUAUUUCCUGGCAAGUUUCUAUACGAAGUAUGAUCCAACUCACUUCAUCCUAAAUACAGCUUCUCUCCUGAGUGUGCUAAUUCCCAAAAUGCCACAGCUACAUGGUGUUCGGAUCUUUGGAAUUAAUAAGUAUUGAAAAGUUUUGAAACUGAAGAAAAAUUUUUACAGCUACUGAGUUGCCUGUAAGGAAAGAGUGGUUAGUAAAAUUCACUGCUUCUUGUGUGAAAUGAGGGAUAUUUACAUUGGAGAGCCAAUUGCUGGUUCUUCAUAUGCUGUUUUGAAGUGCAGAUUUUUACUAGAGGAUGCCUGUGUUUAAUGCAUCUGGUAUAUUUCUGAAGAGAGGCUUUAUAGGCAGGCUGGGCAGGCCCAGCUUAUAAGUUAAAUGGCUAUAAAGUGAGGAUGUAGCAGAUAAAUCCAAGGAAAUGAGAGAUUUGUAAGAAACUAAGACCAAUUUUGCUUAUGAAGAAUGAGCAUUGUGUUAGGAAAAGAAAAUUUCCAAUCAUUCAGUCAUGGUCAGUUUAAGUUGACUUUCAUGGAAACCAUAAUCAUCUCUUUACAAGUUUAUUUGUUUUUUAAUACCGUCCAUAUUCCUCUUGUGUUAUAUAAGAGGAUAUAUACCCUUUUGUUUCCUACCCUGAGUGUGCUUUUUUUGUUUUGCUGGCUCAACAUUAUAUGUUGAUAGAUGAAGUCAUUUUUUACAUUUAUGAAGUUACUGAGUUCUCAAAGGUUUAAUUUCAUGACUGAUUGGUGAUAGAAGAUAGCCGGAAUUUUACAAACAGCCUCUGAGUCAGCCAUCUAAUUUUGGAGCAAAGUGGGUUUUGUUGCCUUUACAGACACAAGGCUGCCAAACCAAUUAAGAAAAUAAUUUAUUUCACAUGGUUAAAGUAUAUGGUUAUUUAAAAGUCUCUGCUUAUUUGAUUGCGCAAUCUAAUCGUUAAAGUCAGUCACUCUUUAAAAAAGGAUAUAUAAAAUGGGCAACUAUAUAGCCAACCUGUGAUAUGGCAGAAACUACUUCUCUGGCAAUAGUACCAAAACAAAUACUGGAGUCUUUUAGCAGGCCAGGAGCAAAAGAUAACAUCAUCUUUUCUUAGUCCUCCAGUUCUCAGUCCCCAUAUUUUGCCCAUUAAUAUUUUGCCUUUCAAUACAUUAGUUUUAGUAUAGAUAACCCAAUAUGGUAACUAUUUCCAAAGCAGCAACCGUACUGAAUUCUUAUGACUUACAGAAGCUUCCUAUAGUUGCUAACGUUAUUGCAAGAAAUGACUAUAUACUACUUUGAGAAGUAAGUAUGUCCAAAAAACAAAGUUCUGAUAAGUGAUGAAACUCAAAUCUUAGUAAUGCUUAUAAACAAAAUUGAGUGAAAAGAGUUAUAAACCAAUUUAAAAAUCAGUUUGUUUCAAUAAACUGACUUUUGGGGGUAGUGAUCAUUGUUUUGUAUUUCAAAAGUAUUGACUUUAGAAAUCACUUGUGUGAUAACACCUUUGUAUGUUUGUCUUUUCCCAUGUAUUUUUAAAUAAUCAGUAAUCUACACUUCAAUAAAUUUUUUUUUUUUUUGGUGUAGAAUUAUUGCACUGUCUCUCCAAAUUCAGUCAUCAGUGUUAUACUUGUAGUUUUCAAAAGUUUUUAUAAGCAACUGAAUUUGUAAAAUCGAGGUAGUUAAAAAUAUUUUUCUUUUUAUUUUAAAGUUUAUCUCAAAAGGCUUACAUUUUUUGCACAGACUUUAGAGAUAGAAAUCUGGCUCUAAUCCAGGCCUUCUGCUAUUUUCCUGCUUUCACCCUUCAAUGUUUUAAAAAUAUUUAUUCAAUAGAUAUUUGAGGGCCCACUUUGUUGUAGGUAUUAUUUUAGGUAUUGUGGAUAUAAUUUGUAAACAAGACAAACUAAGUCCUCUUCCUUGUGUGCUAACUAACAUUCAAGUUGGAGAACAUAUAAUAAGUAAAUAAAUAAUAUAUUAUUGAUAAAUGCCAUUGAGGAGAGGAAUAAAGCAGGUGAAUGAAAGGCAGGGGAACCCACCUCAGAAAGGACUUCCCUGUAGAUUCUAACUAAAGUGACCCUACUGAUGAACACAGACUUUACUGAUGUAUAGGUAAUGACAAAUAUUAAGGCAGGAAUGAGCAUGUUGUGUGUGAGGAAAAGCAAGAGAGCCACUAGGGGUAGGAGUAAUAGGGAGCAUGAGAAUGGUAGCAGACGAGGUCAGAGAAGUAGGUAAGGGUCAGAUCAUAUAGCGCUUUUUAGACCAAAGUAAUGAGCAAAUUUUAUGCUAGGCUUGACAAAGCCAUUGGAGAGUUUCACACAGAUUAAAGGGAUUUCCUUUUUUUUUUUAAAGUUAGGGCUCAUGCUGAGAAUAAACUGUAAGGGAAUCAGAAACAGGAAAAAUAGGAAGCUACUAUAAGCAAAAGGUAGAUUAGGGAAAGGGCUGAUGAAGUGGUGAGAAGUGGUCAGAUUUGGGCUAUAUUUAGCAAGUACAGCUCAUGAGACACUGAUGUAUUGAAUGUGGGGAGGGGAAAGGGAUUAAAAUAACCUAGUUUUUUGGCCUUAACGCCUGGGCGAAUGGUUGUAUUAAAUGUGGAAACUGUUGCCAAUUUCACAGAUUUGUUCAGUUUAAUGUAAACAAACUAAAAAACGUUUUUAAAAUAAUCUAUAAUGACUGUUAUUUGUAACAAAAUAAACUGUUAUGUUAUAAUAGCUCCUAAUUUCAGGUCAGGAGAUUUAAUGGCAAUUUCUAAUUAGGCAUGAGCUCAGAAAUGCCAUUUAUUGGUGAAUCUUUCCUGUAGCAGUUAUUACUGUGGCGUUCCAAUGGUAGGUUUCUAUUUCCCUCAUUCCUUCUACAUUUAUUUAUUGGAAUCCUUCUGUAAAAGGACGAUUUUUUCCUUCUCCAUUUAUUCAGUCAUUUAUAUUAUUAUAGACUCAUGGAUAUUUUAUUCUUUGGUUUAUAAUCCAUUAUUAUCAUUAUUUGUUGUUCAUAUUGUCUUCCAGCUUUGGCCAUUGGAAGCCAAAAUUCCCAAUGUAACUUUCCAAGUUGGCUUAUGUGUCCUUUUGACCUGCCUGGUUUUUUUUAAACAUAGAACUAUAUUUUUUUAGGUUUACGGCACUAUUGUCUUUUAAACUAUAAAGAUCUUGAGGGGCGUAACAGUAUCUCCUUACCUAAUAUCUGUGUGAAUUAGCUUUAUAGAGUUACACGAUGCUAAAAAUUGGAAAAGACAUCAGAGGCUAUAUAAUUCAACCCCCUACCUUACCUUGAAUUUUCAUUAACCACCAUGCUUCCAUUCAGAUCUGUGAUAUGCUAAUAAAGGAGGACUUACAACUUACAAGACUGCAUUUUUAUAAUGGAAUGUAUAACUUGUUUUACUCUGAGCCAUAAUCUAAUCCUUAUUCUGUGUAACAACUAUAACUUUUAAACUCUUACCAACAGCACUGAAUAAACAUUACCAGAGCCUUCA